UUUUGCUCCCGCCACCAUCGCGGUGCCAGACCAUUGCGAGCCGUGUAUGGAGGCACCACGCAUCGCGUCUCCUUUGCGCUUUUAAGGCGUAGUGUUCGCGAUGCCGUCUUGCUCGGCAUUCGGGUGCAGAACACGCGAAACAGACGGCAAGCGACUCUUCCGGAUUCCAUCAGCGAAGCGAGACGCGGCGCAGAGGAAGGUCUGGCUUCAAAGAAUCAGCCGCGCUGAUUUCAACCCAACACAAUGGUCCCGGCUGUGUGAGGAUCACUUCACGGAUGAUCAAUUUGAGCCGGUGAUUCUGCAGAGCUGUGGCACAAAAAAAUUGAAGCGUCAAGCCAUUCCAUCGCUCUUCGUUCAUCGGAAGCAGCUGAAGCAGAGGAAGCCGCCUGCCAAACGUUCUGGUGUGACAUCUUGCAGCACACAUUUUUCACCAUCACAAGAGAGAAAUGGUGUUGUUGGUGAGUCAGUAAUUACUGUGUGAUGCCAAUCACCAUGUUGCACUUGGUACGAUGCAAAGC